AUGGAGUUACGCAUCUCUAGGCCGCAUAUACGGGUCUCACAGGGCGAGUCUGCAUUUGCAGCAGGCAAUGCACGAUGGACAAACCGUGAUCUGGACCCGAUUGCCAAAAAUGCGCGCAAAUGGGGUGUAUCCAGUAUAAUAGCAUAUUGGAUCUCCGAUGCCUUGCACGCAGCAACCUGGCAAUUCGCCAGCGGUAUGAUUGCCGUCGGCCUCACCUACCGUGAAGCUCUGGGCAUUGUCGCCUUGUCCUUCUUCAUCAUAUCGUUGGUCAUCGCAGCAAAUGGUACUGUGGGCGCCAUAUACCAUGUUCCAUUCCCUGUGAUUGCUCGUGCCAGCUGGGGCUUUUGGGGCUCAUAUAUCGCCAUCAUCUCGCGAGUCAUCCUUGCCAUUUUCUGGUUUGCUAUCCAAAAUGUCAACGGCGGAAAUGCUGUUCGUGUCAUGAUUGGAGCAAUCUGGCCAAGUUUCUUGGACCUUCCAAAUGCUAUUCCCGAGUCACAGGGAAUCACGACAGCCGGUAUGGUCGGGUACCUGAUCUUCUGGUUGAUCCAGGUCCCGUUUCUCUGCAUGCAUCCAAACAAGCUGCGCUGGUUAUUUACAGUCAAGUCGAUUCUGGUUCCCAUCGCUUGGAUCACUAUCUUGAUAUGGUCGUUCGUCACCGUACAAGGCGGUGGUGAAGUAUUCGCAAAGCAGGCUCCGACAGUCACCGGAUCCAAGUAUAGCUGGCUGUUCUUGGCCAAUAUGACAUCGGUACUCGGCAAUUAUUCCACUCUUUCUGUCAACAUGUCUGAUUUCACCCGCUACUCCCGCGUCAGUCCCCGGUGGCAGCUCCUUUAUAUCCCUAUGCUGCCUAUCGUAUUCACCUUCUUCUCCUUUAUUGGAAUUGCUGCCUCGUCCGCUGGUCAAGUUCACUAUAACCUCUCUUCUAUCCCGUGGGAUCCAACAGUCCUGAUCAGCUACUGGUCCAAUCGCGCGUGUCGCUUUUUCGGCGCAGCUUCCUUCGCACUAGCCUCCCUGGGCGUCAACAUCUCGGCCAAUUCUCUUUCGGCCGCUAACGAUUUCACCGCACUGGCACCAGGAUCCUAUGUGCCUUGCUGUCAUGUAACUUCCUCUCUUUCAUGUCUGCAUACGCCAUCUUCCUCGGUCCUGAUUGCUGCAAUCAUGAUGUUUGACUAUUGGGUUGUUAACCGCCGUCGAUAUGACUGCCUCGCUCUAUACCAGCCUCAUAACCCGAGAUAUCGCUAUACAUUCGCUAUCCCGGGCCUCUCGGGCAAGAGUAUGUCUGGCACGAACUGGCGCGCCGUAUUGUCUUUUAUUGUGGGUGUUGCACCGAGCCUUCCCGGGCUGAUCAACGCUGUGGACUCUCAUGUCGAUGUCGGUGUGGGUAUACAUCCGUAUGAGUUUGGGUGGCUGUUGGGCUUUGUUGCCACAUCUAUUGCCUAUCUGUCGUUAUCAUGGCUAUUUCCCGCGCAGGAGACUCGGAUCGACCGGGCUGUUCUACCUGACGAGAUAUACGAUAGAGAUGCCCCAGACGGGAAGGAUGUGGUUCUUGAUACACAGGAGAAACAUAUGGAUGUGGAAAAGGCUGUCUGA